CAAAGCCUGAGCGUGACUUUUUAGCCUGAGCCUGACACGGGUGUGUAGCGGGACACCACGAAUUAUUAGCCUGACACAAUAACACGCCCGCCUUCUCGCCUGGUCUAGGGGCAUCGGUUAUAGAUAGGCGCGCGAGGUAUGACGGAGUUUGGGACGGUCGGCGAUCUCUACCGCAUCUUCGGCACCGACCGAAAGCGCGACGACGCGCCCGCCGUUGCGCCGGCGACGAAGCUCGUCGUCCGCAAGCACGACUUUAGCUCUGCGCAGACGGCGUAUCAGCGCGCGCGGUCGGCGCCGUCUUCGCAAUUCAUCUUCUACAAGGACGCGACGCCGCGCGGGGAACACUACAUCCGGUGCUCCGUCGCGUGCGAGCCGGCGCGGCCAGACGUAGUGCCCCUGCGGCUCGCGCUUUGCUACGAGGACGGCACGGAUGUGUCGCCGCAGGACGCGUCCUGCCUGAAAAUCUUGGGCGAGGCGACGCAUCUCUCGUGCCCGCCGCACGCGAAGGAAACGACCUUUUAUUACCGUCUUGAGCUCGGCUCAUUCCGCCGGGCGGACCGCAAGUUCCGCGUGCGCGUAAGCGCCGCCGACGGCGCCGAGGCCGGCGCGGGGGUCGCGCAAUGCCUCACGCCGCCCCUACUCGUGCUCUCCAAGACGAAGCCUCUCGAUGCAUCCGCACCACUCUCUCCGCCGACUGAGCUACCCGACGGCCUACGGCGUGGCCAGAGAGCCGCUGGACGGAAGCGCACGCGUCCGUGCGGAAAACUUUCUCCACCGCGACGCCACCGACGCUCGUUGAUUUCCACACAGGCGCUCGGCCGGCCGUCGGCCCCUUCGAUCCCGCCGCCGUCGCGGAGCGGCGCGCAAUCCACGAGCAGAUCCUCGCGAUCAAUCGCCGACUCGAGAAUCUCAAGGGAUCGCUCUCCGAUCUUACGGUGCGGCUCGGCGCAUCUGCUGCUGUCACCCUGCCGCCGCCGAGGAGAGUGCCUAACUUACUUAUUGUGAUUUUCAUUCUGUGCUCCUCUGGCUGGUGAGCUCGGAACCUAGUACCUUACAUACUCUUGCAAAUCCUUGCAGCUUGAUAAGGGUUACCUUUGUGAUACAUACCGAGUACCUACGGUACUAAAACCAAGGGUACAAUGGAGUCCCCUCGAGGAGCCCAAGCAACUCGGCUCGGAAGUAGACUUCACGAUCUGCACCGCGCACGACGCCGCAGCGCCACUACGUCGCGCCCGCGA